CAUGCCACUUAGCAAUAGCUGAUAAAUACCCAACCAUCACUUGCGUAAUCCAUGACGAGGCUUCAGGCAUCAGUUUAAGCAUAAUCUACCAAAAAUAAAGCAUCAAUAUCGGCCUUUUCACCUUGACAGUAUCUCGCAAAACAAGUCCGUUCACUAAAAUAGAGUUUCACAAUGCAGACCAAGACUUUCCUCACCACCCUUCUAGCCGCCCUCCCCGCAGCUCAGGCCUUCAAAUUCACUGGUCCCGACCCCUCCGAGCCUAUCGACGUCAGCAAAGAAGUCACCAUCACUUGGGAGGGCGACAUUCCCGACAGCCUCUCACGCAAGUUCGACUUCACUUGGUAUUGUGAGCCUGAUGAUCGGAACAAACUCAGCUCUGACAUCAGCCAACUUGUCGCCGACAUCUAUUUGUCCGACCAUAAGUACAAGUUCCGAUUCCACAACUCCAAGUCGAUGCUUGAACCAUUCGCCGACAAAAUCGCUACCAAGAAAGUGUUUUCUUUCCAGGCAGUAUUCACGGAUGAGAAGCAGGAUGAUCUUCAGCUUCAAUACUGGAGUCAGAAUUACACUAUUGUUGGACUGGACAAGAAGGAGGACGAGAAUUCAGAGGCUGAUCUGUAAAGGAUUGAGGCUGGUUCUAAGGCAGUGUCAAAUCACAAUCCCAGUGUUUUCGCUACAAGAUUUCGUUCAGGGUAUAACCUGUCUUGAUUAUCGCAUGUCUGUAAAGAAGAGAAUUGGAAAUUAACUCUGAAGUACAAGUCA